CAUAUUUUGAUCACCAAAGCUUUACCCUUUUGAUAUAUGUAGACAUUGAUCACCCGAGCCGAAUGAUCAUUUUUUCGCAAAGAAAUCUUCAGAAAGUAAAGGAUAUACAAAAAAUUUGAAGAUUUGAUCAUUCUUCACAAUGGGAAAUUGCUGUAUUAUCCCAUAUAAUUCCGCUCAGAGGAAAGAGAAGAAGAGGAAAAGAAGAAGAAAUGCCAAACCAAAUCCUUUUUCGUUCAAUUAUCACACCCUAUCACAAUCUCAAUAUAGCGAAAAUAGUUUCUUUGUAUUAGCAGACCCUACAGGUCAUGACAUUACGAAUUGGUACAAUCUUGGACGCGAGUUGGGUAGGGGUGAAUUCGGAGUAACUUAUUUGUGUACAGAUGUAAAAACUGGCCAAAAAUUUGCCUGCAAAUCUAUAUCGAAAAGAAAACUUAGAACUGCAGUGGAUAUAGAGGACGUGAGAAGAGAAGUUGAAAUCAUGAGACGUUUUCCAAAACAUCCAAAUCUUGUGGCAUUAAGAGAUACUUAUGAGGAUGAUACCGCAGUGCAUAUUGUUAUGGAAUUAUGUGAAGGUGGAGAGUUGUUUGAUCGGAUUGUGGCGAGAGGACAUUAUUCAGAACGAGCUGCUGCAUCUAUUAUGAGGACAAUCGUUGAGAUCAUUCAGAUGUGUCAUAGUCAUGGAGUUAUGCAUCGUGACCUCAAACCUGAGAAUUUUCUUUUUGGAAAUAAGAAGGAAACAGCUCCUCUAAAGGCAAUUGAUUUUGGGCUGUCAGUUAUUUUUCAACCAGGAGAGAUCUUUAAUGAAAUAGUGGGAAGUCCUUAUUAUAUGGCUCCGGAAGUUCUAAAACGCAACUAUGGCCCCGAGGUUGAUGUAUGGAGUGCGGGAGUCAUUUUGUACAUUUUGCUUUGUGGUGUUCCUCCCUUUUGGGCAGAAACUGAACAAGGAGUGGCACAAGCAAUUAUUCGGUCAGUUAUUAAUUUUAAAAGAGAUCCAUGGCCUAAAGUUUCUGAUAACGCAAAGGAUCUUGUGAAGAAAAUGCUUGAUCCAGAUCAAAAGCGUCGUCUUACAGCUCAACAAGUUCUUGAACAUCCAUGGCUGGCAAACACAAAGAGGAAUCCAAAUGUUCCAUUGGGUGAUGUUGUUAAGUCAAGGAUUAAGCAGUUCUCUAUGAUGAGCAAACUCAAGAAACAAGCUUUGAGGGUGGUGGCUGAGCAUCUAUCAGUAGACGAAGUUGCAGGGAUAAGGGAGGAUUUCCGUAUGAUAGACUCAGGCAACAAAGGAAAGAUUGACAUUGAUGAACUCAGAGUAGGUUUACACAAGCUUGGUCAUCAAGUAAACGAUGCAGAUCUACAAACUUUAAUGGAAUAUGCUGAUGUUGAUAGAGACGGGAACCUGGACUUUGGGGAGUUUUUGGCUGUCACGCUGCAUCUUAAGAAAAUGGCAAACGAUGAACACCUGCACAAAGCCUUUGAUUAUUUUGAUAAGAACCAAAGUGGCUAUAUAGAGGUCGAAGAGUUGCGUCAUGCAUUAAGCGAUGGAGGCGAGAUCACUAAUGAAGAAGUAAUAAAUGGAAUUAUGCAUGACGUUGACGCAGAUAAGGACGGGCGUAUCAGUUAUGAGGAAUUUGUUGCAAUGAUGACAGCCGGUACAGAUUGGAGAAAAGCAUCAAGACAGUAUUCUCGGGAACGAUUCAACAAUCUUAGUUUGAAGUUAAUGAAGAAUGGUUCGUUAGAGUUGGUAAAUGAGGAAUGCUGAAAAAGUUGACAUGUAUAUACAACAAUCUUAGAGGGUUUGGGAUGUGAUACACUGAUACUGUUAACAUGUUUAUCUGCAUAGCGCUUUUUUGUAAGAUAUAAUUAGUAUGUACAUGAAAGCAAAUGUAUGAGAUGGAGUUGUAAAAAUGGUUGACUAGGGCGGUAGAUUAAUAUUGUUAUUGGUGCAGCUUUCUGCUGCUGUUUCAAGAGUUACCCAUUGUUGUUGGCUGAAAAUCUGUAUAAAUGUAUAAUUAUUC